AUGUUUGCGUUCCAACCAAAGUGGCUGCUCUCCCAAAUGGAGCCGUACCUCGCGCCGCUGGUGACCAAGAACAUGACGCAGGCGUCGCUGCUGCUCAAGUAUACGCGCGCAUCCCGCGUGCCCAACUCGACCGAGCGGCUCUACUCCAAGCGGUAA